GACAAAGCUUCCUCUGGUGUAAUUGUGUAAAAGAUGAAAAAAGAAAGAAGCACUUGAUAAUCCGACCACCCAUGCUUCGGUCCGCGUGCUUUGAUAGAAGCUCCGCUUUUUCUCUUGUGGGGUUUUUGUGGGUAGACCCACUUAGAUUUCAGUAGCUUUUUCAGGUUUUGUUCCUUGGUUUUGGAUUUUGAGUGUGGCGCUUCACUUUUGUCGAUUUGGAUUGUUUCUUCUUUUCUUCAGGGGGGGGGGGGGAGAAAUGAGAUUUUGUGACGUGAUUGUCGUUUGUCCUGUGGUUUUCUGGAGGAAAGGUCGGAUUUUGAAACGUCUUCGUUGGGUCUUGAGCUAUAAUGAGAGGGUUUCUGCGACAGGAAUUUUGGCUUGAAAUGGUUAAGGCGAAGAAGAUUUGGUUAUUCUCUUCCGUUAUCCUAGUUUCGUAAAAGCUUCAAAAUUUUUAAGAAUGGCCUCCGUAAAUGAGAAGGUCAAAACAGGAGGGUUGGUCAAGGGACCCACUAGUCUGUUUCAAGAGAUGAAGAUGUUGAAGGAGUUCCAAGAUCAGUCUGGAGUGCGGAAGAAUUUAAACUCUGAGCUUUGGCAUGCCUGUGCUGGACCACUUGUUUCUUUGCCGCAGGUCGGCAACCUCGUAUACUACUUCCCCCAAGGACAUAGCGAUCAGGUGGCAGUAUCAACUAAAAGAAUGGUUAGCUCACAUAUCCCAAACUAUCCAAACCUUCAAGCCCAGUUGCUGUGCCAGGUUCACAAUGUCACACUACAUGCAGACAAAGAUACUGAUGAGAUAUAUGCACAAAUGAGUCUUGAGCCAGUGGACUCUGAAAAAGAUGUUUUCCCUAUUCCUGAUUUCGGAAUAAAACUAAGCAAGCAUCCAACUGAGUUCUUCUGCAAGACUCUGACUGCCAGCGAUACAAGCACACAUGGUGGCUUCUCAGUUCCCCGUAGAGCAGCAGAAAAGCUUUUCCCGCCAUUGGACUAUUCAAUGCAACCUCCAACUCAGGAGCUGGUUGUUCGAGAUUUGCAUGAUAAUACUUGGACGUUUCGUCACAUAUACCGUGGGCAGCCAAAGCGACAUCUUCUUACUACCGGUUGGAGUUUAUUUGUGGGUGCUAAAAGGCUUAGAGCAGGUGAUGCUGUUUUAUUUAUAAGGGAUGAGAAGUCACAGUUAUUCCUGGGUGUGAGGCGUGCAAACCGUCAGCAAACUGCAAUGCCGUCAUCAGUGCUUUCGGCUGAUAGCAUGCACAUUGGAGUCCUAGCAGCUGCAGCCCAUGCUGCCGCAAAUCGAAGCCCCUUUACCAUUUUCUACAACCCUAGGGCAUGUCCAUCACAGUUUGUCAUUCCUUUGGCCAAGUACCAAAAAUCUAUAUAUGGUAACAAGGUUUCAGUUGGCAUGAGAUUCGGAAUGAUGUUUGAGACAGAAGAUUCGGGUAAGCGCAGAUACAUGGGCACAGUUGUUGGUGUCAGUGACUUGGACCCUCUGAGGUGGCCUGGUUCAAAAUGGAGAAAUCUUCAGGUCGAAUGGGAUGAAGCUGGAUGCGGAGAAAUGCCUAACCGGGUUAGCUUAUGGGAGAUUGAGACCUCUGAAAGUCUUUUCAUUUUUCCAUCGCUUACCUCUGGUCUCAAACGACCUUUUCAUACUGGAUAUGUGGGGGCAGAAAUGGAAUGGGGGAAUCUAAUGAAAAUGCCAUUUGCGCGGGUACCAGGAAAUGUAUUUGGAGAUCAAAGAUCUCCAAUGACGAAUUCAGAACAGCUGGUGAAGAUGCUUCUCAGACCCCAAAGUGUUAGUCCAGUUGGCUCCUUGUCUUCUGCCCUGCCAGUUUGUGUAUCCAAGGCAGCUCCAGUACCUGAGGCAGAACCACUGAAACAGACAUCAGUCCAACAGAAACCUCAGCUUCCUCAUUCAGACCACAGUCCGGUGGAAAAUCAGAAUCCUCCUCGCUGCCUAGACCCCCCAUGCACUAUAGAUGCAAAUUCAGCAUUACAAGCAUUUAUACGUGAAAAUGUACAACCUCCAAAUAAAUUUGAAAAGCAUGUGGCAACACAAACAAAUGUUGGGAUACUGGAAACAACAUCUAUGGCUGCAACAGACCAGCUCAGCCAAUUGCCUUCCUUUGGAAACUGUAGUGAGGACAGAAUGAGUGGGGGCUCCUUGAAUCCUCCGAACCUUGUAAAUGAAUUAUUAUUAUUGAACCAGGGGAUGUUGCAGUUUCAGACAGGUCUGUGCUUUACUCAGCAGCAGUGUCCAAAUACUGGCUUCCCGCUACAAAUUGAUGCACUUCAGUCGGAUGUAAACAACCAAAAUGGCUUACUUCCAUACCCUAGUAACCUCUCAUCACAGUACUUGGAUGGUGAUGAUUGGAUGUUGCAAUCUUGUAAUUUCCAAUCACUUGCUGGGAACCUGAAAUCACCAGGACGCUUAUCAGGUGCUAAGCAAGAUACGUCAUUAAUGUACCCAGAAGCAGUUAACCCAAGCCUGCCUCCAUUGAGCCAGGCGAUGUGGAGUCCUCAGUUGAAUUAUCUAAAGUUUCUACCUCAAGCAGUUCAACUUGCUCCAUGUCAUCAACAAGAUUCAACUGCCGUUCCUAGUGUAUCCAAUUCAUGUGGACUGAGAAAUCUGUCUGAGGAAAGUAAUAACCAGAGUGAAAUAUACAGUGGUCUUCAUUUGGAUGUAAGCAAUUGUGAAAGCACUGUGGUUGAUCCGUCAGUGACAAGCGUGGUCUUGAAGGGGUUUGGUACCUUGAGUGAUGCUGCUUUCCAGAAUCCUUCUGACUGCUUGGUUAGUAACUUCGUUUCAAGCCAAGAUGUUCAGUCUCAAAUAACCUCAGCAAGCCUGGCAGAGUCUCGGGGCUUCUCUUUCCAAGAGUUCCCCGACAACUCUGGGGGAACAUCUUCAAGCAAUGUGGAUUUUGACGAGAGUAGUCUCUUGCAAAAAGCCUCGUGGCAACAAGUAUCUCAACCCCUGCGGACAUAUACAAAGGUCCAGAAACUAGGUUCUGUCGGGAGGUCUAUUGAUGUUGCAAGGUUUAAUAAUUAUGAUGAACUAUGGAAUGCAGUUGCUUGUAUGUUUGGACUUGAGGAGCUGCUUGAUGAUCCAAGAGGUUCCGGCUGGAAAUUGGUGUAUGUGGACUAUGAGAAUGAUGUUCUUCUAGUAGGGGAUGACCCAUGGGAGGAAUUUGUGAGUUGUGUUCGCUGCAUCAGAAUUCUAUCGCCAUCUGAAGUUCAGCAGAUGAGUGAAGAGGGGAUGCAAAUUAUCAGCAAUACUGUAGUUGAGGGAACAAAGGAUCGUGUAUCAGGUUCUGGCCAUGCAUGGAAUGGCUCUGCUUGAUUCCCACACUCUGUGACACCUGGAAACCUUCGAAACUCUGGUGAAAAUCAGUCCUUUCUCGUGUGUACAUGCUCAUCUGGUCAGAGAUCAACUGACAUUUAGAUGUGUUGUAAUGAAAGUACAGGAAGAGAGAAUAUGUUCUCUUCACCUCAUGGCAC